UGGUUCAGUAUGUGGCGUGUUCCCUGUCGGCUGUGCGUGUACGUCGCAAGGAAGAGCAAGCUCACGGGACCUUUGAACAGGCCUGCCGCCUUCAUGUCCACUCUGCUCAUCAAUCAGCCCCAGUAUGCUUGGCUCAAGGAGCUGGGGCUCCGCGAGGAAAACGAGGGCGUGUAUAAUGGAAGCUGGGGAGGCCGGGGAGAGGUUAUCACCACCUAUUGUCCUGCUAACAAUGAGCCGAUAGCGAGAGUCCGACAGGCCAGCAUGGCUGACUAUGAAGAAACUGUAAAGGAAGCAAGAGAAGCAUGGAGAAUCUGGGCAGAUAUUCCUGCUCCAAAGCGAGGAGAAGUAGUGAGACAGAUUGGUGAUGCCUUGCGGGAGAAGAUCCAAGUACUAGGAAGCUUGGUGUCUUUGGAGAUGGGGAAGAUCUUAGUGGAAGGUGUGGGAGAAGUUCAAGAGUACGUGGAUAUUUGUGAUUAUGCUGUUGGCUUAUCUCGGAUGAUUGGGGGACCCAUCCUGCCUUCUGAAAGACCUGGCCAUGCGCUCAUUGAACAGUGGAAUCCUGUAGGCCUGGUUGGAAUCAUAACUGCGUUCAACUUCCCUGUGGCGGUGUAUGGCUGGAACAAUGCCAUCGCCAUGAUCUGUGGGAAUGCCUGCCUUUGGAAAGGAGCUCCAACAACUUCUCUCAUUAGUGUAGCUGUCACAAAGAUAAUAGCCAAGGUUCUGGAGGACAACAAGCUGCCUGGUGCGAUUUGUUCCUUGACUUGUGGUGGAGCGGAUAUUGGCACAGCCAUGGCCAAAGAUGAGCGAAUGAACCUGCUGUCCUUCACUGGGAGCACUCAGGUGGGAAAACAAGUGGCUCUUAUGGUGCAGGAGAGGUUUGGGAGAAGUUUAUUAGAACUUGGAGGAAACAAUGCAAUUAUAGCUUUUGAGGAUUCGGACCUCAGCUUAGUCGUUCCCUCAGCUCUCUUUGCAGCCGUGGGGACAGCCGGCCAGAGGUGUACCACUGCGAGGCGCCUGUUUUUACAUGAAAGCAUUCAUGAUGAAGUUGUUAAUAGACUUAAAAAGGCCUAUGCACAGGUCCGUGUUGGGAACCCAUGGGACUCUAAUGUUCUCUAUGGGCCACUCCACACCAAACAGGCAGUGAGCAUGUUUCUUGGAGCAGUGGAGGAAGCAAAGAAAGAAGGUGGCACCGUGGUCUAUGGUGGCAAGGUUAUGGAUCGCCCUGGAAAUUAUGUAGAACCGACAAUUGUGACAGGCCUUGACCACAACGCGCCCAUUGUACACACAGAGACUUUUGCCCCAAUUCUUUAUGUCUUUAAAUUCAAGAAUGAAGACGAGGUCUUUGCAUGGAAUAAUGAAGUAAAACAGGGACUUUCAAGUAGCAUAUUUACCAAGGAUUUGGGCAGAAUCUUUCGCUGGCUUGGCCCAAAAGGAUCAGACUGUGGCAUUGUAAACAUCAACAUUCCAACGAGUGGGGCUGAGAUUGGAGGUGCAUUUGGAGGAGAGAAGCACACUGGCGGUGGCAGGGAGUCUGGUAGUGAUGCCUGGAAACAGUACAUGAGAAGAUCUACUUGUACCAUCAACUACAGUAAGGACCUGCCUCUGGCCCAAGGAAUCAAGUUUCAGUAAAGUUGCUUUCAGCUGACAUUUCAAGGGUUUCAGGCAUUGUUGCAUCUCUUUCUUCUGAAGAAGACGAAGAAAAUUACUAUUUGCCUUGAAUAAAUGGAUCAUUUUGAAUUUGACAGUGGUUAAUCCCUUAUGCUUCUGAAGCCUAAAUCAAGAGACUUUUUUUAAAAAUAAAAAUUUUCAUGUCAUAACCUUAAGUAAUAAAAGAUAGAUUAGAUGGA